AUGUUAGCUACCAAUAUUAAAGGUCUUGUAAAAUGGUUCAAUGUGAAAUGUGGUUAUGGCUUCAUUAAUAGAAGUGACACAAAAGAGGAUAUAUUUGUUCACCAGAGUGCAAUAUUAAAAAAUAAUCCAAACAAAUGGCAAAGAUCUGUUGGAGAUGGUGAAGAAGUCGAAUUUGACAUAGUUCAAGGAGAUAAAGGUUUUGAAGCAGUAAAUGUGACUGGUCCACAUGGCAAUGUGGUACAAGGUAGCAAAUAUGCAAGCGACAGACGUCCUUACAGAUCAAGAUCUUUUGGACGUCAAAGAAAUUAUCAAAUCCUUAGUGACCAACAUCCUACCUUAUCUCUAGUUAGAAGUUAUCCAAAAACUCUAUUCACAAGAUCAUCUUCGAAUGGAUCACAUGUAGCUUCUCAUGUUGAUGACCAUACCUCUGAAAAAGACGUCUUUAAUGUUCAGAAACGUCGAAUUCCUAGAAAUCAAUUUUUAUUUUCACAGUCACAUCUGGUACCAUUAUUACCUUUACAUCAAAAUGUCUUUCUUUCAAGGAGACCAGCCAACUUCAGACAGCCAUUACCAUAUCGAGGACGGUAUUUAAGACCAUCAGUGUUAUUUAAUGGUUAUCGUCGAAGUGCUUACUUAUUAAAAAGAAAAUUUUCAAAUAUCAAUGAAUCAAAUACAAAUAAUUUCCACCAAUUUAACGUAGCACGUACAAACUCUAAUCUUUCAAACACAAUUGGUACAAACCCACGUUAUCCUUUUGUACCACAAGGUAUAAAUCGUCGUUUUGAAACACCAAUUUUAUCAUUACCAUAUACUAAUAUACGAGGUUAUCGAAAUUUCCGUGGAAGAGGACUGUUUAACUCUGGACGUGGUCGUUAUAUUAUCAAUCGUAAUAUAUUCCCACGAUAUAAAGAAUCAAAGAAAUUGUCUAUGCAAACAAGAAUUGAAAAGUCUACUCAAGAGAAAAUAAUUCCAUCAAAUAAUAAAGUUAAAGAAACAGUGUGUAAGGAUAAGCCUGAGGAAUCUACAGGAUUAUUGGAAAAAGAAAAGGAAGGGCAAUCGAUAAAAAAAGGAGAUGAUAUAAUGAAUAUACAAAGUAGCGAGCACCAGUCUGUCAAAGCUGUUGAACAAGCAGGGCCAAAAGUAGAACCCAGCGGUGAUACACCAGAACUUGGAAAAGAAACGGAUGAGGAAACAGAUCAGUCUUUAGAUAAGUCUAGUGAUAAAUCAGAAGUAUUAGAAACAGCAAAAGAAAAUGACAAAUCGGUUGAUUCACCGGAAAUGAUAGAUAAACUUUUAUCUGAACUGCCUAAAUUACAGCUCGCAAAUGCAUAG